AUGGGUGUCCUCGACGAAGUAAAGGAUACCAAUGCCCAAAGUUCGGCCGAAAAGUCGGUCACUCAGUCGAUGAAAAGUUUGGUUUUUGUAAGUCAAGGAGAACAUAAUUUCCCCAUUUUCCUCGCUUUUAUUUCUGUUUCUGCUUUUAGGAGGAUGAAGACUUACCAUAUGAAGAGGAUAUCUUGCGGAAUGAGUUUUCUCUCCGCAGUUGGCAACGGUAUAUUGAUCAUAAGAUCAAGACCAAAGCUCCAUCAAAACAGGUCCGGAUUAUCUACGAGAGAGCGUUGAAGAUCUUCAAUCGGAGUUACAAACUGUGGUACAAUUAUUUGAAGUAUAGAAGAAGGAUUAUUCAGCAGAAAUCGCCGACAGAUGUGGCAUAUUCUUAUCUUUGCGAUGCCUACGAAAGGUGUUUGGUCUUCUUGAACAAGGUGAAUAUUUUUUGAGUUUUUGUUGUUGAAUUUUAGGUGGAAUAGCAAAGAGGAGGUGUGAGGAAGGUUUUGGGGUAUAAUUGACAGUAAUUUAUAUUUAAAAACAAUAUUUUUUGGACCAGUUUGUAUUAGACCUCAUGAGUUUUUUCAUGAAGAAUAUAAUCUUCUUUGCAUGCAAAAAUUUAAUUUGAUUUUUGCUUUAUUGGUAAGAUUAUGUCGCCUGUUUCUUUUCAAGGCCACUAAGUCACGGAAGUCAUGGCAUUUUCAUCCUUUUUGAAAUGUUUUUGCUGCUAGGUGACUUAUGGAUAAUAUAAUUUCUCAAAACUCUCUUUUAGAUGCCUCGAAUCUGGAUUGACUACUGCGAUUUGAUGGUAAAACGAGGUCUAAUCACGGAGACUCGUCGUGUUUUUGAUCGUGCGAUUCGAGCGCUUCCAGUCACUCAGCACAUGCGAAUUUGGCCAGCUUACAUUGAAUUCGUGACUUCUCAUAAUAUCCCUGACACAACUAUUCGAGUUUAUAGAAGAUAUUUGAAGGUAUGUUCUUUCUUUUUUUGAGUUCCAUUUUUAGAUCAAUCCGGCGGCUCGCGAAGAUUUUGUGGAUUAUUUGAAGGGCAUCGAUAAGCUGGAUGAGGCUGCAAAUCAGCUCGCGUUGCUGGUAAAUGAAGAUAAGGAUGUUAGUGAGCAUGGAAAGAGCUCGUUUCAGGUAGGGAAGAGAGAGAUUUGAAAGUUUUGAAAAGAAUAAUUUUGAAAUUUUUUUGAUAUCCAUGGCCUAAAAUAAGGUCAGAAAAGUGGGUUUUUGGUAAAAUACGUGUCCAAAAUUUGUGGAGUUAUUUUAAAAAGGUAAAGUACGCUUUUAAAUUUACAGGAAUAAUGUUUUUUCGAAAAUUUUUUUUUAAAGGAAGGUGAAAAAAUAUCAUUUUGGGAUAAAAUACGAACUAAAAAACAUGUUUCUUUGUUUUACAAAGCCAAAUAAGACAUAAAAAUUAGGGAAAUGUUGAUUUCUCCGGAAUUUUUUUUCUUUUAUAAGACAAAUUUUUCAAUUUUUAUCUAAAAUAAGCUACCAAAAUUAAAAAAAACUCGAUAAUAAUCCCCCAAACCUUCAGUUGUGGACCGAACUCUGCGAACUCAUCUCCAAAAACCCGAACAAAGUGUUCAGUCUGAGCGUGGAGCCGAUCAUUCGCCAAGGCAUCCAGCGGUAUUCGGACCAGGUCGGCGUGCUCUGGCUCGCCCUCGCCGAGUACUACAACCGCAAGCCGAACUGGGAGCGCGCCCGCGACAUCUACGAGGAGGCCCUCGUGAAAGUGGUGACCGUCCGCGACUUCACCCAAAUCUUCGACGCGUACGCGAAAUUCAUGGAACGCCUCACGUCCAACAAGAUGAACGCCCUCCAAAAAGCCAAAGCCCACGAAAUCGACGACCUGGAAUUCGAACUGGAGCUCUUCAUCAACCGUUUCGAGCAUUUGAUGGAGCGCCGACCGCUGCUUUUGAACUCGGUCCUCCUCCGACAGAACCCGAACAACGUCCGCGAAUGGAUCAACCGCAUCCAAUUGUACGACGGAUUCUUCGACGAACAAGUGGAAACAUUCGAAAAGGCCGUCAAGACCGUGGAUCCGAAACAACAAACCGGAAAUCUAAGCGAUUUGUGGACGUAUUUUGCAGGCCUGUUGGAGCGAAAUGAGAAAAUACAGGAAACGAAGAAGAUCUUCGAAAGAGCGGUCGUCGUUCCCUUCGCCAAAGUCGAUGAACUGGCACAAGUGUGGUGCAAAUAUGUGGAGUUUGAAUUGCUACACAGGUAAGAAGUUUAAUUGAGUGAUUUUUGAGGGGUUUUGGGUGGGAGGAAGACUUGACUCAAAAAGGGUAGGUUUGGGUCAAGUGUCACUCUUGGAGGAAAAAUGGAGUAGUCGUUGGAAAUUGAAUUGAUUGAGUGUUAGAAGGCUGUUUAUGAAAUUUUUAGACGGUUGGCAGGGAUUUACAACAAAGAUAACUGGGUUUUUUGAAAAAAGUUUUAUGGUGGUCUAGUACAAUAUAAAAAAGUCGAUGAACUCGCACAAGUGUGGUCCAAAUAUGCGGAGUUUGAAUUGCUACACAGAUAGGAAGUGAAAUUGAGUGAUUUUUGAGGGCUUUUGAGUGAGAGGAAGAGUUGACCCAAAAAGGGUAGGCUUGGGUCAAGUGUCACUUUUAAAGGAAAAGUGGAGUAGUCGUUGGAAAUUGAAUUGAUUGAGUGUUAGAAGGCUGUUUAUGAAAUUUUUUGGCGGUUGUCAGGGAUUUACGACAGAGAUAACUGGGUUUUUUGAAAAAAGUUUUAUGGUGGUCUAGUACAAUAUAAAAAAGUCGAUGAACUGGCACAAGUGUGGUGCAAAUAUGUGGAGUUUGAAUUGCUACACAGGUAGGAAGCGAAAUUGAGUGAUUUGUGAGGGGUUUUUGAGUGAGAGGGAGAGUUGACCCAAUAAAGGGUAGGUUUGGGUCAAGUGUCACCCUUGGAGGAAAAGUGGACUAAUGGUUGGAAAUUGAAUUGCUUGAGUGUUAGAAGAGUGCCUAUGAAAUUUUUAGGCGGUUGUCAGGGAUUUACAAGGAAAAUAAUUGAGGUUUUUGAAAAAAAAUUGGCGGUCUAGUACAAUAUAAAAAGGUAAAUGAAUUGGCAAAACAGUGGUCUACAGAUUUAGUAUUCAAAGUCUUAUGUAUGUUCGAAUCGAGUCUGAGGUUGGUUUUGAUGGUUUGGGAAUGAGCGGAAGACUUGUCCCAAAACUACCCCUUUUUGGGUCAAGUGUUUCGCUGCCGAGUUUAACAUUAGAAAGUCAUUUGUUGGUGGUGGAAAGGGUUUGAUUGAAAAUUUUAAUUCUUAUUCCGUGAUUUCAGAGACUACGAUGCCGCUAUUUACCUCUUAAAACGCGCCACGGAUCAGCCAAAGAAGAAGGUUCAAUAUUUUGAUGAGACGGAAAAGGUCCAAAAAAGAGUCUACAAAUCCCUCAGAGUUUGGUCGUUAUACGCAGACAUUGAGGAGAGCCUGGGAACUGUGGAAACAUGCCGAAAAGUCUACGAAAGAAUAAUCGAGCUCCGAAUUGCGACCCCUCAAAUUGUCAUCAAUUUUGCCCGUUUCUUGGAGGAGAAUCACUAUUUUGAGGAGUCGUUCAAGGCCUACGAGAAAGGAAUUGGCUUGUUUAGAUGGCCCAUGGUCUAUGACAUUUGGAAUGUGUAUUUGGCCAAGUUUACUGUCAGAUAUGUAAGGAGUUUGAUAUUGUUUUAGGUGAUUUUGAUGUCUGAGAACGAUUUGGGGGACAAAUUAGAUAUGAAUCAUUCGUUUUAGGAGGUCUUUUUUGGUUAGAAAUGGGUUUUGCGGGUUGCAAGAAAUGUUUUUAUAUUGCACAUGAUGAAAUUUGAUAUUAAUUUAGAUUUGAUGAUUUUGAAAUUUCUUGUGGGUUUAGAGGCUGGAAUAAUGGUUUUUAUGGUAUUUUGUGGUCUGCAUUGUAACUUGGAACAUUCGUUUUGUGGUUUGGAAACGAUUUUUAUAUUACACAUGACAAGUUUUGUCAUCAGAUUUAAAAUUUUUAUAUUGCACUUGAUUGUUUUUCUAUGUAGGGUGGAAAGAAGGAACUUGGAGCUAUUGGGGAAAAAGAUGAUUGGGGAAACCGAAAAGUCUUAUUUUUCUUCGAUUCAAGUGUCGAAAUUAGGAUAAUCGAGGGCCCUGAUUUCGAAAAUGACAUUCAUUUUUUGAUCAUUACUUUUUCCCCUAAGUAGUACUUUAAAGUUUUAAUUUUUUGAUUUUUUUGCAUAAAUACACCGAAAACCCCUAAAUCGAGUAUUUAUGAAAAAAUUCAAAAAAUUACUACUUUAGAGUUACGAUCAAAAAAAUAUGAAUGUCAUUUUCGCAAUCAGCGCCAUUGAUUAUCCUAAUUUUGACAAUUGCAUCGAAGAAAAAUAAUACUUUUCGGUUAACCCAAUCGUACUUUUCUUUCCCCAGUCGCCCCUGUUCCUUCUUUCCACCCUAGAAAUAGAAAAGCAAUCAAGUGCAAUAUAAAAAUUUUAAAUCUGAUGACAAACCUUGUCAUGUGUAAUAUAAAAAUCGUUUUCAAACCACAAAGCAAAUGUUCCAAGUUACAAUCCAGACUGUAAAAUACGAUAAAAGCCUUUAUUCCAACCUCUAAACCCACAAAAAAUUUCAAAAUCAUCAAGUCUAAAUUAAUCUCAAAUCUCGUCAUGUGCAAUAUAAAAACAUUUCUUGCAACCCACAAAAUCCACUUUGAAUCAAAGAAGACCUCCUAUAAGGCAUUAUUCAUAGCUAAUUUGCACUCCAAAUCGUUCCAAGACAUCAGAAUCGCACGUGACAAAAUUUGUCAUCAGAUUUAAAGUUUUUAUAUUGAACUUGAUUUUUUUUUAUUUCUAGGGUGGAAAGAAGCUAGAAAGAGCCCGCGAUCUCUUCGAACAAUGCCUCGAGAACUGCCCACCGAAAUUUGCGAAAGGGAUUUACCUUCUCUAUGCGAAACUGGAGGAGGAAUGCGGCCUCGCUCGGCACGCCAUGGCCAUCUACAGCAGAGCGGCGAAGAGCGUGGAGGAGACGGACAUGCUGGUGGUCUACAAUAUCUACCUGAAGAAGGCCAUAGAAUUCUUCGGAAUCACGAGCAGUCGACCCAUUUUCCAAGAGGCAAUCGAAGCCCUCCCCGAAGACAGUUCAAGGGAAAUGUCGUUGAAAUUCGCUCAAGUUGAACGAAAUCUGGGCGAAAUUGACAGAGCCAGAGCGAUUUACGCCCAUUGCGCGGAGAUCUGCGAUCCGAGAGUGAGUUUGAAGACGAUUUUUGGCAGUUUUUUUGGCUUUUUGGGGUGAAGGUCAUGGAUAAUAUAAUUUUUGGAAAAUUUUGUGGUGAAUUGUUGGGGUAGAGGUUGUUUUGAGUAGGAUAGGGAUUGUUGUUGGUCCAAAGAUAGAUCAGGAUUGGUUUUAGAGGAUAAGGGUUGAGAUUUUGACAGUUGAAGGAGCUGGUGAUGUAUAAGAUAAUUUUUGAUUAUUUGCUGGAAAAUUGUAUGAAAAUAUUGGUUUUUUAGGCAGAAAGUAGAUCGUAGGUAUCUCUAAAGUAGAUCAGAACUUAUAUUUUGCAAGAUAAAGGGCAUUUUUUGACAGCUGAGGGAGCUGACCAUGGAUAAUAUAAAUUUUUCAAAUUUAGGUCCACGGCCAAUUCUGGGAAACCUGGAAAGAGUUCGAAGUGGCACAUGGCAACGAAGACACACUUCGUGAGAUGUUGCGAGUGAAGCGGUCGGUCCAGGCUUCGUAUAAUAUCAAUGUGAACUACAUGAGUGCCCAAAUGUUGGCCACGAUCGGAGGAAAGGCCGAAAAGGCCGGUGAAUUGUCGGCCGCCGACUCCAUGGCCGUCCUGGAGGCUCGAGCACAGCAGAUCGCGGCCGAAGAGAACACCAAACGCCGCCCGGCGGACGUCAGACCCAUCAGUUUUGUUAGAGGAGACAUUAAAACGGUCACGGAAAAUGUCACCGAAAACCCAGAUGAAAUCGAUAUUAACAUUGAGGAAGACGAUGAGGAGGAAGCGGAAUAG